GCAUGUCAAAUAUAUAAAUGUAGCGCUAUUGAUUCACACUUAUACUUGAUCGAGAUCCGAAGGUGAUUAAUUGAUUACAUCGCUAUAGAAAAAGGAUCCAGUCUUGAGUCAUGGAUAACCCUGAAGUAUCUGUACAUGUAGAGCACUUGGAAGAAGAGAAAACUAAGAGAUCGGUUAUUGCUGAACACAGCGAGGUAGAGACUAGUACGAUGGUGAAAUCUACCCCAAAAGAUGGAGGUGAGACCAAAACCAACGGGAGAUGGUUAUCCUUUAUCUUGAUUCAAAAAGGGCACUUCCUUCCGAUGUGGAACAAUAUAUUUGUAGUAUCUUGUGUGUUUGCUGUUUCCAUUGAUCCUUUAUUCUUCUACAUUCCGAUCAUUCACGAGAAGAAGUGUCUAUAUUUUGACACAAGGAUGAAAGCCAUAGCCCUUGUGUUAAGGUUACUCACAGAUCACUUCUACAUUGCCGACAUUGUCAUGCGAGUUUGGACUAGUAUACCUAAAAUCAAGUCACCUGAGGCUUCUGGGGUGACGGAAACAGAAGCUAAAGCUCUUAAUUCCGAAAAGAAAGUAUCAGUUGACAACGUUUUGGCAAUAGCUAGGAAAACUUGGGCGAGAAUUAAUAGAUCUUACGUCCUCAUUGACUUUUUAGCUAUUCUUCCCAUACCCCAGGUGGGAAUGUUCGUUUUCUUUUCGAAAAUGAAGAGUCCGGGAUGUUCAAAAGCGAGAAGGCUUUUCGACACUCUUAUUCUGUUCCAAUUUAUCCCACGGGUUCUUCCAGUUUACUUAUUGUGCCGAGAACGUAAGAGAACUCUUAACAAAGCAAGCAUGUGGACUAAAGGUGUUUUCAAUUUCUUUCUAUACAUCCUUGCAAGUCAUGUAAUCGGAGCUCUGUGGUACUUCUUUGCUAUUCAACGAGAGCUGGAUUGUUGGCAUUCUGUCUGCAAACGUCACGAGGGAUGUACCUUCAGCAGUUGUAGCGAAAAUUGUCCGAUAAACCUACCGGAAGAAACGAAAAGAAAGCCCUUUGAUUUCGGUAUAUAUGCUAAUGCGCUCAAUUCCGGCCUUGUGCAGUCUACCGAUUUUCCUCAAAAAUUAUUGAACUGUUUCUGGUGGGGGCUGCGAAAUCUGAGCUCUCUAGGUCAAAACCUCAACACAAGCACCUAUGCAUGGGAAAACCUAUUUGCUGUGUUUAUUUCCAUUACAGGCUUGCUAUUGUUUAUAUAUCUCAUCGGAAAUUUGCAGACGUAUUUGCAGUUUGCAACUACAAGAUCAGAGAAGCUCAGGAGGAAGAUGAAAACGAAAAAUCUAGAGGUUGAAUUGUGGCUAUCCAGGAAAGGCCUGCCUAGCAAUUUGAAGGCAGUGAUCAUGCAUAUCAUACAACAAAAACUUGAACAGAACAAAGAUGUUCCAGUUGACGACCUCCUCUCUAUCCUUCCUUCAGCACAUAGUAAAUAUAUCUUGCGCUAUCUUGGUUUGGCUACACUCAAGAAAGUGCCAAUGCUUCAAACUAUGGGGGUAAGACUGCUGAAAGCAAUCACAGAGCACCUCGAGCCGGUGGACUAUCGUGAGGACAAUUGCAUUAUCCAAGAAGGAGAGCGCCUCAAUAAGAUGAUUUUCAUCACACAUGGCACGGUGCAUACCUACAAGACCAACGGCAAAGGUGGAAAAUAUGGUUCCGAGUUUCUUGAGAGAGGGGACUACUAUGGAGCAGAAGAGCUUCUGAAUUGGGCAUCAAAGUUUAGCCCUUCCGACGACUUGCCAGUCUCAACCAGAAUGGUUAAGCCUGUGACAAAAGUCGAAGUCUUUGAGCUGAGCGCGGACGACUUGAAGAGUAUAGCCUUCAAGUACUGGUGGAAUUUCACCAAGAAAAAAGAUCUAAAGGAUUUCGACCAGUCUGUGUUGGAGGGGUUCGCGGUAUUUUCCAUAGAAAAAGAAAUCCGUCGCCGCAAGCAAACGCAAAAGAAGCGUACAAUAAGUUCUCUCAAUAAGUUGGUUACGAGUCAGGGUAGUGCUAGCAAGAAGUGGCAACGGCUCAUCAGCAAGAUCACCAGGGAACAGAUACCUUCACCAGUUGGUGCUCUAGAUCGCAAGUAACUACAUGUGUUAGGAGCUCUAAGUUACCCUAGUAUUUUAGAUGUAAUUAUCAGUAACUAUCUUUAGCUUAAAACGUAGUCGUUUUGUUUAAAUCGUGCUCGUGCCUCGCACGUGAGUAGUAGCAGCUGAUAGAUUAUGGUUGUGGACUCUUAGCAGCCACGUGAUC